AUGGCUUUUAAAAACCGCCCCCAAGGAACAUUGCCAGCGAACACAAAUAUUAACCCCAAGGAGCCAAACCCAAAUCAGCUGAUGGCAGUAAGUCUCCGGAAUGGGAGAGAUUUAGACAAAGAGCAGGAGGUUGCACAAGCCAGCAAAGAGACUACGCCAUUCACUCCAAUUCCUCUAGAGGUAGAUGAACCAUCAAAUCUGACUAAAGUGGUGGUUGAACAGGGUCAAGAUGAAAAGGGUAACGCUAAGGUAAAUGAACAAGCUGCAGAGCAGGUGGUGCCUCUUAUGCCACAGAACCCCAACAGAGAGAAGACAACAAACAGUGCACAAAGGUUGAAUAUUCCUUUGAUGGAUGCCUUGAUGGAGAUGCCAGGUUAUGCGAAGAUGAUGAAAGACCUAAUGUCACAGAAGUUUGAUUUUCAGGACCUAUCCACAGUGACUCUGACGCAGACCUGUAGCGUAGUAGUGACAAAACCGAUGACUCAAAAGAUGUUAGACCCAGGUAGCUUCACUAUUCCAUGCACGAUUGGAGUUAUGCCUUUGCAAAGAGCUAGAUUGACUUCGAUGCUGCUGCAGCUGGCUGACCGCACGGUAAAAAGGCCUACUGGGAUUCUUGAUGAUGUGUUGGUGCAAGUGGGGAAGUUUGUGUUCCCUGCAAACUUUGUUAUUCUAGACUGUCUGGUAGAUGAGGAGAUACCUAUCAUUUUAGGUAGGCCAUUUUUGGCCACCGGGAGAGCACUGAUCGAUUGUGAGACUGGGGAAUUAAAAAUGAGACUGAACGAUGAAGAAGUUCUUCUGUUACAAGAAUUCGAUCUGGAAAUACGUGACCGAAAAGGGACAGAGAACCAUGUAGCUGACCACCUCUCAAGGUUGGAAGGAGCUGAAAAGAAGGUAAAGGUUGAGGAUAUAACAGAGACAUUCCCGGAUGAACAAUUAUUGUCAAUGACAAUGGAGGAGGCACCUUGGUUUGCUGAUAUUGCUAAUUAUUUAAUAACAUUAUCCGUCGGUGUAUCCCCGAGAAAGAUCAACAUUCUGUUUUGCAAGCUUGCCAUGCUUCACCAUAUGGUGGACACUUUGGAGGAAUUCAGAUAA